CCGAGAGAAAGAAACUAAAAAGUAUUAAAGAAUAAAAAAAAUAAAAAGCGAGAGCUCGGAAGGAGAGUGGUACUUAGUAGAAGACUCGAACUAAAGAGAAGGAGAGAAAUCGAAACCCUUACCUCUUUAUCUCUCCUCCGACCCUCCGUCUGCGUCUCUCCUCGCCGGACCGCACCGGAUUCCCGAGCUUGCUCGCCGGAGGAUCAAGAAUUUUGAUCGGAGCCACUGAUGGAGGACAAGAACCGGGCGCCGCGGGGAUCCGGCGGGUCCGGCGGACCCGGCUGGCCAUUCCCUGGCGACGGCGGAGGGAUCUUGUCCCUCGACGAGAUCUGCGGCGGCGAGAGGGAGGAGGCCAGCAUCCUGAGCGAGUUCGGGUGGAGCAUCCCGCUGGACUCCGGCCCGAUCGGAGAGGACGACGACGGGUUCUCCGGGUUCGGCCUGGAGGGUGCCCCGGGGCCGUCGGAGACGGUGGUGGCGCCUCCGGAGGCCAAAUCGGAUCAGCCUGCGGCGGCGCUCCCCGCGAGAUCCAGCGACGCGGUGUCCUCCAGCUCCAGCGAGGAGCCCCCGCCGGAGCCCGACGAGAAGCCGGCCGAGACAGCGACGCAGUGUCAUUCUGGCUUCAGGAAUAAAAGUACAAAGAAGGGGCAAAAACGAAGCCGUGAACCAAGAUUUGCCUUCAUGACUAGGAGUGAGAUUGAUCAUCUGGAAGAUGGCUACCGAUGGAGAAAGUAUGGGCAGAAAGCUGUGAAAAACAGCCCAUUUCCAAGGAGCUACUACCGAUGCACAAACAGCAAAUGUACGGUGAAGAAACGCGUUGAGCGAUCGUCCGAAGAUUCCACCAUUGUGAUCACCACGUACGAAGGCCAGCACUCCCACCACACCGUAUCCUUCCCUCGUGGCAGCGUGCAUGCUCAGAAUGCAGCAGCCUUCGCCGAACGCCUCGCCGUAUCAACUCCACAGCUAUAUCUACCAGCCAUGCAGUUCCAUCAGAACCUCGCAGUGGGUGCAGGCCAGUUGCUACAAACCCCCCAUGGGGAGCAUCAACCAUCCUUACCAGCGAGAACUUCGCCGCUUCCCACUGAUGAGGGUCUGCUGGGUGACAUGGUGCCACCUGGGAUGAGAAACAGAUGAGAAUAACCGGGUUGUUGCAGAGGAAUAGCAUAGCAGGAUCAUCCAUGUCCAUGGAGGCUUAUAUAUAUAUGCAUGGAGCUUUUUUUCCCCCUUUCAUGUUAGCCUGGCACAGGUCAUCACAUGGAGCAAGGAUAGACAGAAUGGCUGAUCCAUAUGUAACACUCGUAUAUAUUAACUAUAGCUUGUGUAGGCAUUGAUCUUUUUAGUUUAGACCUCUACUAAUAUUUGGCAGAUUUUGAUGCCACAUUCCUGCUACUUUUUGGGCUUUUUCUGGUGGUCUUUUAGAUAUACAGCAUCUGGUUAUAUUGUGUACUUAUAUAACAUUUGUAGUACGUACUAGUUAAUUUAUUCACAUCUUCAGUUGCCAGAACCCUUGAAGGCUUCUAUAUAUAUAUAUUCUAUUCUUUUCUU